CUGAAUUCUCAAUUGCAAGCAUUUACUGUUUUCUUCCUCUGUGCAUGCAACAUAACUCGCCUUACACUGCGCUCACACUGCUCUCUGCAACCACAAAUAUUACGGAAAACUGCUUUUUGAUCUCAUUAUGUGUGACAAUGAAGAGUUCAACAAUAAUCAUGCCGGAAAAGGACUCCUCGUCAUUCAUGUCGCCCUCUUCCGCAUGGCAACCCGGUCGCUCGCAGAAGCAUAUAGAACCCUGGGCUACAAGACUCACCACGGGGUAGAGGAUAUUUUAGGAAAUCCGUGGGACGAAAUCGAACAGGCUGCAGAAGCGACAUGGCCAACUGUGCCUAAUGCGCGUCCUAGGCCACGAUUCACGCGAAGUGAUUGGGAUAAUCUCUGGGGGAACGAGUACGACAUAGUUACCGAUUUAGCCUGCCCGUUCGCCGACCAGCUGAUCCAGGCUUACCCUGACGCGAAAGUUGUCAUUGUUCAGCGAGAUUUUGAUAGUUGGUGGAACAGUUACCAAGCAGGGGUAUUGGACAAGUUGUUCUCCCCAGGGCAGCAAAUUUUCGUCUUCCUUAUCAGGAGUGUGAUUGGAUCGCGAGCGGCCGAGGCCAUGCUCAAGGUGAAUUACGGAUUUUUCAAGGCUACAAGUGUAUCUGAAAUCCGAGAGCAUGCCCGCGAAGUCUAUGACGAAUAUUAUAGACAGAUUAGGGCAAUAAUACCAGAAGCGAAGCGAUUGGAGUACACCAUGGGAGAUGGAUGGGAACCUCUGUGCGCGUUCUUGGGCAAAGACGUCCCAGAUAUUCCGUUCCCGCGCUUAAAUGAUAGCAAAUCGCGCAGCGAGAGCCAAAGGCAGGGUGAGAUUAUGGUACUGUUAAACUCUGUUAAAAAAGUUACAUUGCUGGGUCUUGGCGUUGCCAUAAUUGCAGGAUUACUACGGUAUUUUGCGCAGGCAUAGAUACAAUGCGGUGCGGUCAAUCUAGUACUAGUCAUUAGCCUAUGGCCUACUCAAUCUUAUAUAUAUCUUUUAAGAUUAUUACAAG